UGGGCGGGCAGCUGGUGCUCGGUCAUUAUUGGAGAUCUCAUCGGCUCGUGCGUGUUGUUGUGAUCGAUUUCUGAAUGGAAAUCAAUCGAUCGAUCAAUCAGGCCGCGUGCGUGCUGCUGAGCGUGUGUGUGGCUCUGACGUCACAGGAGCGGCCAGAUGACGCGGGAGGCUGGAGGUUGGAUUCAGACGUCCGGCUCCAGGAUGAAGGUCCCUGUAACAUCGACGUGUUGGACGGCUCCUCGCUCUCUUAUCAACAGUUCAUUGAAAGAUACGCCUUCAGUCGCCCAGUCGUCCUCCGAGCUCUGACUGAUAACACGAAAUUCAAGCUGCUCUGCUCCAAGUCGACUUUACUCCGAGAUUACGGCUCCCGGAAAGUGCGGCUCAGUACAGCGAACACUUAUUCUUACAGGAAAGUGGAUGUCACUUUCCAGGAGUAUGUGGACAAGUUCCUGAGGCCUCAGUCCACCCACGCUCUCGGCAGCGACACCAUGUAUUUCUUUGGAGACAACAACUUCACCGAGUGGCAGAGUCUGUUCGAGCACUACGCGUCUCCACCGUACGUCCUGCCGCGCACCAGCGGAGCGUACAGCUUCGGGAUCGCAGGCCCUGGAACAGGAGUUCCUUUUCACUGGCACGGCCCCGGUUACUCUGAGGUCAUCUACGGAAGAAAGCGUUGGUUCCUCUACCCGCCUGACAAGGAGCCUCACUUCCACCCCAACCACACCACCCUGUCCUGGGUGAGGGACACCUACCCCCACCUGCCCGAGGACGAGGCUCCACUGGAGUGCACCAUCAGGCCGGGAGAGGUGCUGUAUUUCCCUGACCGCUGGUGGCACGCCACUCUCAACCUGGACACCAGCGUGUUCAUCUCCACUUUCCUCGGCUGAGCGUCUCUUCAGCUCUUCACUAUUUUAUUCCUUCAGGAAAAGAAACAGAUUCAACAACACGAGGACGAAUCUGACAAACUGUUUUUCUUCUGGUUUUAUUUUGGUCUGGACGAUGAAGACGUUUCAUUUCAGGGACUAAAGACGAACAACAGAAACAUUCCAGCCACGUUUCCUCAUGAUGAAGAUUAUAAUAAUAAUAAUAAUGUGUAUUUCAUGACCAAAGCAACAGAAGCAGAUUGUGUCUCCUUUAAAAAAUACUUAUCACUCAACAAGUACAAAACAAAACAAAUACUAGAACACAAUUAAUAUUUGUACAACUCAGCAUCAGUGUAUAAAAUAAAAAGUGGUCCUUUUACAGAGUGGAGCCUGUUUGUCGCUGAUGAAAUAAAAGAUCCUGAACUAAA